AUGAAGUUCCUUCUAGCUCUUCUAAUCGUCGCACUCGUAGCAGCUGAGGUUUCCGCCUACAAGGUUCAGGACCAGCUCCGGGACAAGAAGUAUGAGCAGUCAGGCAAAAAGAGCCUGUUGGGGCAUCGCGAGCCCUACGAGAAGUUUGAUCUCGGUAAAGAGCCCCUGAAGAGGCAUGAACGACCAAUGCAGAAGCCUUUGAAGAAGUUUGACGUUGACUUCAAAGAGCUCGCUGAGAAACAGAAGCCCGCAGAGCGGAUGGCAACUGAACUGAAACUCGACCAGUUCAGGGCACCAUCAUCGAAACUGCAUGUCCAAAUGCAAGUUCCCAACAAGUUCUACAAGUCUUCUGAUAAAAAGCAUUUUGGAAAAAAAUUCGAUCUUGGCUAUAAGCCAGACGAAUUCCAGAUGAAGCUUGCCCAACCAAAGCAUCACAGGUAUUCCGCGAAGCUCCACAAACCUGCGGAACCUGUCUUCCACAAGGACAAGUUUGAGCAUGCUGAGCAGCGCCUGGAGGAUCUCGAGUACCAACUGCACCCAGAACAAUUCCACUCCAGCCUCGAUCGACUUGAAGAGAAGGCGGACUACCUCCAGAAUAGUGGAAAACUCAUGGAAACAGGUUUCUCAAGACUGGAAGGAAAGCACCUAGACAAGCCCUUCUUUGGAGUGUACGGUGAAAUGGACGAACUAGAGGAUACUCUGGACUACUUAAAGGACCGUGAAAGAAAACUCAGUCAGAUGGAAAUGCAUCCCAGCAAGGAUCGUCUUGCAGGCGCGGCGGAAGAGUUAGCAAAGGGCGAUGGCAUGCUAACCAAGGGUUUCCGUCACUUUGAGAAGGUUGAACCCGAACCCCAGGUGAAGCAGCUGAAGUCCGAGUUUGAUAGACUUGGCUAUGGUCGUGAGAAACUCGAUGCUGCUGAGGACUACCUCGAGGAUGUUGACCUUGAAGAGGGCUACGAACAGCUGGCCGGCCGUGAAGAACAUUUGAAUGACGGUGUUGAGCUUAUGGACCACCAGUUCGAUGCUCUGCACGAUAAUGACCUGCACCACAAGUUUGAAGCUCUGGAGGACAACUAUGAUGACCUUGACAGCCAACACACUGGCCUUCACCAGUUGGCUGAACAAGGCAAACACUUCACUUUUGUCGACAACUUUGGCGCCGGCUUCAACUUCAUGAACGAUCACAUGGACAAGAUCGGUGGAGGUAGCAACAUGUUCUGGAAGGGCAACGACGCCAUGUCCUUCCCCGGCUUCGGCAAAUCCUCCGCGCAGGGUUGGGACAAAUUCAGUUACUAA